GGGGGUUUCCCAAAUAAAACUGUUUCACUUUUCGCGUGUCAUUUUGGGCAAAAUUUCCCCCCCAAGGGCUCCUUCCUACUGCUGUCUUGGAUUUUUGUAGUCCACGGUCAGACAGGGAGUAGGAACGACAGGGAGGGUUGGAGAAGCCUGUCUUUGAAUUGCAAAAAUCGCCCGAACGACAUUGAAAUCACUGUUCGAAUGGGUUCGAAUGAGAAAUGAAUGAUUUGCGAAUGUACAAUCAAGGCUCCUCCCGCACAUCCCUCGUGGUGCUCCAGAACUGCCCCAAAAACCCUUAAGCGGGGUCCCAGGCAGAAAAGGAUCAAUAAGUGUCAAAAAGCACGUACAGCCUGCCACGCUUGUAAAUUAGUGCGCAAACCGAGCAACGAACGUGCGUGCGUGUGAGUGUGUGGGAAAAACGUACCCGGAAAAACAUACGCUCCUGGGUAAGAAAGCUCGUUUUUCCCAUGAUGUGUAGACACACCAACGACCAGCGUUCAGCAAUCCGCAGUGAGUAACAGCGGUCCCCAGUCUCCCCUGCCGCCCUUCCCGCUUCCCUCCGUACUUACCUGCUCCACGCGGAGCAACAACACUCGUCGAAGGAACCGUGAAUGAAAGCUUGUGGAUCGAAGUUGGCGUUGCCUGUGGCUGUGGUUUCCGGCGAGAGUAAGAAGGCGGGAGCGAGCGAGCGAGAGACAGAGUGCGCGCUGGAGCGAGAGAAAAGCGUAACGAUAAACACGUCUCGCUCGCUCGCACCACCACCACCAACAGGGAUCGUGGAUUUGGCAAGUUCGUUAGUGCCGUCGUGCGGUCGUGAAAGAGGGCAUUGGCAUUGGCUACGGGGGUCUGACACGGCAAGCAGGCCAAAGCUGCUAGGCAAGGCAAGCCCAGGUUCGUCCCGAGCUCGAGCCACGGACACGGACCACACGCGCGCCAACAGUAAGUCAGUGCGGGACACUCGCCGGGACCGGAAGCCAGCGCGCGUCCUCUUGCGGCACACAGACGUCCGCCAGUGCCAGUGUCUCGCAAAUGUCAAUUCCAUCGGUACGUGCGUGCGGAUCCCUCGUCCUGUCAAUCCGUUUUCGAUAAAAUAACGAUCAUAAAACCGCAUAACUUAACGACAGUACGGUGGGAGGAGGUCGGGACCUUUCUCUGGUACACGGGCGCACGAACACACACACACACACACACGCGCGAGAGAAGGUUGAUGGUGAUCCUUUCCCGUCACGGGUGUUCGUUCCGGUUUUACUUUCGCUUAUUGCGGUCGUAGUGUGCGAUGUUCGCUGUUUGGUUGUUUGGUGGUGCGCCGGAAUUUGUGUUCGAUUCGUUCGUGUUGAAGCGGCCCAGUGAUUUGUGGUGCUGUUGAGUGAAGCCACUGGGACAGCCGAAGGACGGAGUGGAAGGAAAAACAAAAAGGGUCAAAAGCCGUCAGUUUGAGGUUCGGGUCCGUCGGGCUUUCGGCACACCGUCGAUGAUCCCGUGCUUUCCAAUCGACGUUUCCAUUCGGCUUUAGACGUCCCUGUUGUUGUUCGGCCAAACAUUUUGGUUGUUGUUGUUAUUGCUCCCGACUUCCAUUUCGUUUCGAUUGUUUCGUGUUUCGUGCAACGGUUUUACAUACCACCCACCAACCCCGCCCCGCUUGCCCACCCUCAUCCUCAUCCCUCGGGGCCGUUCGUUUCGGGAUUGCGGUUUUUCGCUUAAAACAGCAUCAUGUCGAGCGCUCGGUGCUUAAACUGGUCCCGACCGCCGCCGGGACGGCAUCCAGCAGCGCUCCGGAAGCAGCUGUCCUGCGUCGAACCAUCCGCACCCUCGCCCCUGCCCGGCGGUGGACGCUCCCAAUCGGUAACUACUAGCACUAGCACGUCGCCCGCCGGGGACACCGACUUUCGGCACUUUCUCGUGACCGGUGCGAUCAUUCACUCGAACCUUUUGCAAACCUAUCACACCUACAAUCAGGCCCACCGCGGUGCGAGUGCCUCCCUGCUACGGUCACGCCCUGCGUCGCACACCGUCGGCGAGGACGGCCACGAGCAGCGGCGCCGUCCGUCCAGUGCCAGCGCCGGCGGGCUGCUGUCGACUGCGGACGAUCGUACCGGUGUGCGAGCUGGCCGGCGAGCGAUCCUGUGCAAGCAGCUGUCACUCGAUCGGAGCAUCCUGGUAGCGUCGUCCAUUGCGUCCGGGAUGGCGACCGUUGCGGCGGGCGGAACCAUCCCGUUGGGGGUGAGUGCCGAUCGGGACGAGAUGGGUGACGGAUGGGCCUUCAGUCGGAAGCAGCAGCAGCAGCAGCAGCAGCAACGGGCUGGAGCAGGAACCAGAAAUGAUGCGGACGUCAACGCUAAAAAGGGUCUCAAAUCGAGCAAAGAGUCGCGCAUCAACAUCAAAAUCUUCCUGGGCCAAACCGUCCAGCAAGACUCCUCCGACACCGGUAUAAGCGACACCGAGGGUCCGACCACAACGUCAGCAGCGGCGUUACAGCAGGGAACCAACACUAGCCGGCCAAUCGCUUCCCACUCGAAGCAGGACCCAUCAUCCAGCACGAACAUGUCCUCCGACGCAGCAACUGCCGGUGGUAAGGGCAAACCCACCAACGGAACUACCAGCAACAACGGUGCGCCGAAUAGCUCGCCCGCGGUGGCCGGGACCUCGCAUCCAGCAGCAAACACUGGCAACGGUCCGGGCGCUAGUGGACGAACCUCUUCACUGGCACAGCGGAGGGCCCAGUUCCAAGCGAACCGGCAAAACUCGGAAGCACACGAUCGACGCCAUCCGCCGCUGGUGCGGGCUAUGUCCGCACCUAUCCGGCCAGCCGAUACUGAUGCGUGCAAGCUAUUGCAAGGCAAGAAGAAACCACGCCGUAGGAAAGUGUUGAGGGAGAAGGACGAGUAUAAUAUCUGCGAAGAGGACGAGUUUAGCGACGAUGGAUGCGGCAAGCUGGCCGGCCCGGGAGCGGGCGGAACACAAACGAUGGGAUCGAAUGGCCGGCAGGUGCCUGCCUGCAUACUGCCGAUGCGAUCCCGCUCCGUACUAGGCGGACCGUGCGAUAUAGAAACGCUCGUCUCGCUGCUCAGUUCCGGUGGCAGCGAUUCGGAGAAGGAGCAAGACUCUACGCAAGCAUCCUCCGCCAGUACCGGGCAGCAGUCGCCGACGGGUGCGUUAGCGCCGCAGCCUAACGCUUUUCACCGAGGACAGCCCUUUUCGUCCGCCCAUCUCGCCAAGGGACGGGCUCCGAUGCUCAAGAAGGCCGGCAAAUCGGUGUCGUUUCAGGAGAGCGACCUUAAGCCGGUCGCUACGGCCGGCCUCAAUCGGGACUAUCGGAAGCCAUCGUUCCAGCCGACGGUGGCCAGUAGGAUUCGUCGCACGCAGCAGCUCGUCAGCACGCUAAACGCUUUCCAGCUGGGCAAGGACAAGGACCGAAGUGAGGAUAAAGAUAAGGAGAGUGGCGAUCAUACUGCAAGUGUCGAACAGCUCACCGAACACAACUCAUGCACCACGAACGAAACUCCAACCAUCUCGUCCACCACCGUCGCCGGCACUAAGGCUGAAGCUAACAAAACACCCGCCGGUGCAGUUGGCGUGUCCACCAGCGGCGAUCUCCAAACGCCCAAGGAGCAGGAAUGCUAUCGACUUUUUCUCAAGAUGUCCAAGAAGGGUUUGGCCGUCUCGUACGAUACGAUUCUGCGUGGUAUGCUCACGCCUACCGAGCUGCGCGUGCUGCAGAAGAAGAAAAGCCGACAGCGCAAUGAAAGCGAAUCGACGGAAAAUGGAACCGGAGGCGACAGUUCUCCGGAAAACGGUUUGUUUGACAAUGGGGCCACAUUUGAGGAGUUUCGGUUUCAUCCCAGUAACGAGGAUGUUCCACUCACCAUACCGGAGGAACCGCCGACAGUGGCGAACGAGGACAGUAAUGGUUGCGAGCCGGAACGUCCGGAAAUUGCGACCGAAAGCGCCUACCUAAACGAAGGACCUUAGUGCAACACCGCUUCUUGUGUUUAGCGCGUGAUUUUGUUUUCGCGGGGUGAUGUGCAGCUGCUUGCAGAACUGUGAUAGGAAGUGUGCCGUGGAGCCUGAGGACCCGGGUCACUUGCACGCUGUUUGUGUGUUUGCGCGGAUGUGAUGUGAAGCCUGUGUCUUCGUUAGUAGCAAACUGCUGUUUUGUUCCGUUUUUCCCGUUAAUACUGUUGUUACCAGAGUUUAACUGUGUUACUGUUUUUCUUCCCGCUUUUUUUGUUGUUGUAGCCAAACAGGAAUGUGUGACCGAUUAGCAAAGAUGAGGCGUAGUGGUCCUAGAAACAAAACCAACAAAAACAAAAACGCACCCAAAUAAAUAGUGGAGUCAAUAAGUUGAAGCAGUGGCUCAAGUC